ACUGUCUGGAACUCGUUUGGUGCAGAAUCUGAAAUAAUCUUUAUUGAGUCAACCGGCAGUGAAUGUGUUAAAUAUUUUUGAAUCGUGAACAUAAUAUAUACUUGAUGAAAUGAAAUUUCGAAAUGAAUAAAAGCCUCGUUAUAUAUAUCGAGUGAAACAGUUUCCUUUUGCAUGCAGAACAAAGUGGAUAUUGAAUAGCAUAGAGUGUAUCAGUUACUUUUCACCAUUCUACCCAUAGAUAAUAAUAUAAAGGAUAAACGUUGACGUUCUAUUGUGAAGUGUCUAAAAUCAUCAAUUUGUUAAUAUUAAGUGUAUAACCAAGUAUUGACCAGUGCCACUGUAAGACAGUGUUUGUGUUUCAUCAUACACAUUUUCAGUAAAAUAAAAAAAAAAUUAAAAAAGGCCGAACUAUAAUUAUAUUUUAAAUAAAAAGUUCAUUCCAUAACAGAAAAUUUAAUACAUAAAUUAUUGGUGAUUAUGCCAGCAAAUGGUACAAGUGAGAUUUUGAAAAGUAAAAGGUCAUCAUGGAAUGUGCAAAUAUCAGAGUUUGCACGCAGUACACGCAAUUUAAUUCGAGAAGUUGUAGAAGGUGUUAAACUUGAACCAAAUCCUGAGAAACCGAUGAUUCCACUUUCUAUUGGUGAUCCAACAACAUUUGGUAAUUUGAAAGCUGCCAAGGAAACCAUAGAAGCGGUCAGAAAAUCAAUUGAAAACAGAAAACACGAUGGAUACGGACCAGCCGUUGGUUCCGAGGAGGCCAGGCGAGCAGUGGCCAAAUAUUCGUUCCAUCAAGGACAUGUCUCGCCAAAUGACGUAAUUUUAUGUAGUGGAUGUUCAACGUCUUUGGAUAUGGCGAUCUGUGCCCUUGCUGAUCGAGGUCAGAAUAUCCUAAUUCCCCGACCGGGUUUCUCUCUCUAUCAGACCCUAGCUGUAAGUUAUGGCGUGGAAGUGCGUUGGUAUAAUUUGCUGCCGGAACGGCAAUGGGAAAUCGAUUUGGAGCAAUUGGAAAGUUUGAUUGAUGAAGACACUGCGGCAGUAAUUGUUAACAAUCCGAAUAACCCUUGCGGGAGUGUGUAUACUCGCGAACAUCUAAAAAAAAUACUCGACUUGGCUGAGAAAUAUUAUUUACCAAUAAUCGCGGAUGAGAUUUAUGAGCACUUUACAUUCCCUGGAACACAACAUACUGCACUCAGUACUUUGUCUGAGAACGUGCCCAUACUUUCAUGUGGUGGUUUAACAAAACGCUUUCUUGUACCUGGAUGGAGAAUGGGGUGGAUAAUCGUUCAUGACCGGAACAAUGUAUUUGCUGAAGUGAGGAAGGGUCUAGCCAAAUUGGCCACACGUAGUUUAGGACCAAACACAAUUAUCCAAGCAUCACUACCAGUAAUUCUGGAGAAAACCCCACAAUCAUUUUUCAAAUCAACCACAAACUUUAUUUAUAGAAACGCCGUAUUGGCAUACGAUCUCCUGAAGGACGUGCGUGGCAUCAAACCCAUCAUGCCCAAUGGGGCCAUGUACAUGAUGGUGGGAAUUGACACUGAUAAUUUCCCUGAAUAUCCAACAGAAAUGUUAUUUGUUCAGGAUUUGGUUCGAGAACAAAGUGUAUUCUGCUUGCCUGGGACAUGCUUUUUCUAUCCAAAUUAUUUCCGGAUUGUGUUGACUGUUCCCGAAGAUUUGUUACGCGAGGCAUGCAUACGCAUUGCUGACUUUUGCGAAAACCACUAUAAGCUCGAUAAGAGGGUAAUUGAGAACGGUGGACUCCAAGCUGUCGAUUUGCAAUAAGACCUAUAAAAUCAC